AUGCCCAAUACAAAUGAGAAAAAAAAAGAAACAUCUGAUGAAUUUAAAAAAAUUGCUGGUAUACCAAACAUUCUUGGUGCAAUAGAUGGUACUUACAUUAGCAUAAGAAAACCUAAACAUAAAAUUAGAUCUACAUAUGUCAAUAGGCACCAUGAUUGUUCUAUAACACUUCAAGCUAUUUGUGAUGCUAAGAAAAAAUUCCUUGAUGUUUUCACUGGGACCCCUGGUAAAAUGCAUGAUGCACGGAUUCUACAAAUGUCAUUUAUUUAUAAAGACCAAUAUUUGUAUGAAGUGUGUGGAUCUAAGUUCCAUAUAUUAGCUGAUUCAGCUUACCCUUUGGAAGAGAACAUAAUAACUCCAUUUAAAGAUUAUGGUAAUCUUACUGUUACCGAAAAACAGUUUAAUAAAAAUCAUUCUAAAACAAGAGUUGUCAUAGAAAACACUUUCGGCCUUUUAAAGGGGCGUUUUCGUCAAUUAUUAAAAUUAGAUUUUGCAUUGACUGAAAAAGAUGCCAAUUUUGUUCUGGCUUGUUGUGUUUUACACAAUAUGUGUUCAGAGUCAGAUGAUAUCAUUAUCACAGAACUACCACGAGAAGAACCUCAGCAUAUAAUAUUAGCAGAUUUAAAUCCAAGAUCUUUAGAUGCUCGUACAAAAGGAAUGACAAAACGCCUAAUAUUAUCAAACUCAUUGUAA